UAUGGUUAAGAUAAUCCCAAGGUAUAAAUAAGCCACCACUAAGUUGUUUGAAAAUAUUAUUGUGGUAGUUCUUCCAAAGAAUCACAAUAUUAAAGCAUCAAAAUGUUGAAGUACUUCACUAUCAUUGCCAUAGUUGUGGCCUUGGCCAGCGCUGAAAUGGUGCGUGUGCCCAUUCGGAAGCACGAAAACUUUGUCAAGACCAGCAAGGAUAUUCGUGCUGAGAAAUCUGUAUUGCGUUCCAAAUACAAUAUUCCCCAAGAUCGUGGUGUUGUUGAUGAAUUGUUGUCCAACUCCUUGAACAUGGCCUACUAUGGUGAUAUUACCAUUGGUACUCCUCCACAGAAAUUCAUUGUCAUGUUCGAUUCUGGAUCCUCCAACUUAUGGGUUCCCUCCAGCCACUGCUGGAUCUGGGAUAUUGCCUGCAAGCAACAUAACCAAUAUAACCAUGAUGAAUCCAGCACUUAUGUCAAGAAUGGCGAACAAAUCUCCAUCCAAUAUGGUUCGGGCAGCAUGAGCGGUUUCUUGUCUCAAGACGAUGUUACUGUUGCUGGUCUGACCAUCAAGAAUCAAGUUUUCGCCGAAGCCAUGAAUGAACCCGGCAACAGUUUCACCAAUGCCAACUUCGAUGGUAUUUUGGGUAUGGCCUACCAAACUUUGGCCGAGGACGAUGUUGUCCCUCCCUUCUAUAACAUGUUCUCCCAAGGAUUGGUUGACGCCGAUAUGUUCUCUUUCUACUUGAAACGCGAUGGCUCUGAUACUGAUGGUGGUGAAAUGAUUUUGGGUGGUAUUGACUCCAGCUAUUAUACCGGUGAUAUUACCUAUGUUCCCGUCUCCACCCAAGGCUAUUGGCAAUUCACUGUUACCUCUGGCUCCAUCAAGGGUCAAAACAUUUGCGACAACUGUCAAGCUAUUGCCGAUACUGGCACCAGUUUGAUCGUUUGCCCUGCUGAUGCUUGCGAGACUGUCAAUGCUGAAAUCGGUGGUACCUAUAACGAGGAUGAUGGCAGCUACUAUGUUGACUGCUCUGCCAUUGACACCUUGCCCGAUGUUACUUUCGAGAUUGCUGGCACCACCUUUACUUUGCCACCCAGCGCUUAUAUUGUGACUGUUGAUGGCAACUGCAUGUCUGCUUUCUCCUCCAUGGGCACCGACUUCUGGGUUUUGGGUGAUGUUUUCAUUGGCCAAUACUACACCGUUUUUGAUUUUGCCAACAACCAAGUUGGUUUUGCUCCAGCCGCUUAAGUAAAAUUAUUCGAAAUAAAUGAUUCUAUAAAC